ACUGGACCACCCCAGCAGCCAGUACGACGGUGGGGGCACGAGACAAGACACGCACCCUCCCCUGGGGUCUAACGGUCACGUGACUGAUAUUUACCAGCACAGCGCUGGAACCGGCUUCUCUACAGCCGGGCCGUAUCACACGAAACCAGACUCAAGGUACCCUAACGCUUCAGUUGGGUACCCCACCACAACAAGCGGGUACCCCACCACAACAACCGGGUACCCCACCACAACAACCGGGUACCCCACCACGGCUAGCGGGUACCCCACCACCCACACAGGUCACCACACCAACAACGAACACCACAUAGAAGGUGUCUACACUGCUAGCACACACCCCACAAACUACGCCGUGGAUACCAAUGGAUACCCCAGCAGUGGAUACACCAGCGGCAAUCCAUACCAGUUUGAUUCCAGGAUAAUCGACACGACCUACACGGACAACGGCGGUACCAUCUCGGGAUACGGUGACGUCACCGACAGGAGCGGUCAGAGUGCAUUCACCACCUCCACCUCCCCCAGCAGGAGGAGGAAGUUCGGUAGAGACCACACCAACUACGCCCUCCCGCCUAACCUUGACCCCUUUAAGAACAGCCACCCGGUGGUAAGCCACAACCUUGACCCCGGGAGUGACGUCAUGGACCACGCCGGGCCGCCCGGCCUACCGCUGUCGGAUGGCACCAACGGUUACGGCGAGGACACGGGCCUCAAGGUCAUCGUCCUUGACCGGACGGACGACGAGGACGAGCCUGACGUGACCUUGGACGGUCAGCCGGCGUACGGGUCAAGGUCGAACUCUGAUGUGUAUCCCAUCGACAAGAGCGCCAUCGAGCGCGACCUGUACAAGCAGGAGUACGACCCCACGGUGACCAGCUUCAAGGCCAACAUGACCCCCAGCAUCCACUCCCACAGCAGGCGGACCCCUGCGGGGGAGGGGCGGACCCCUGCAGGGGUCGGGGGGUCGGGCCAAGACGACGUACGCCACCAGAACAGCAUUAACGCUAGUCAACAGUUCAUUUAUCACGUGACUGACUACGACUCGGACAACCUGACCCAGCGGACUUCUUCCGGUCAGGUCAUUGACCCUAACAAAACCAACCCCCAAUCCGUCAGGUCGAAAAAACACUCGUUCCCCAAACGGAUCCACCGGGCGUACGACCCGGUGGAGGUGGUGGAGCAGCCGUCCACCAUGUACGCCAUGGCACAGAUCGACUACGACCGCUACACCAACCAGUCGCAGCUGAGCACCGUGAUGGAGGACAGCGGGCAGGAGACGCACCGGACCGACGAGACGGCUGACCAGUAUGACGUGUACACCGGCGGCAAGAGCCGGACCUUCCUGAUCCACCCCUCGGCCAAGAUCUCCACCCACCGUGUCCCUGGGGCCACCAGCCCCGACUUCAAGGUCAUGGGCCCCGGGUACAAGUUCCAGGUAGAUCGAUACAACAUGAUCAAAAGGGCAUCGAUACUCAACAGGGCCGAGAAGCUUCUAGACGCUAGACGUGGCCACUAUAAUGACAGCCAAUCAGAAACGAGUGACGAGAUUCGACAAGUCGGCGACGAUGAAGACGACGAGGAUGAGGACGAUGUGAAUGAGAUGACCGGCCCUCGACACCACGCGUUACGUCACGUCCGGCAGCGUCAGUUCGACGACUCGACUAGCUACAACAGCAGUGAUGAUGUGCUCAACACCAUGAGGUAUCACCCUAGAGGCCCUGUCUCGCAGGCUGCCAGGAGAGCCCGUCUGACGUCAGUUAAUGCCAGACUCAACAAACAGAAGAGGAUCCGACAGUCCAGGAGACAGAAUAUACCGCCCGCCCCAGUUAGCGAUGAUGACGUCAAUUCGUCCCAGAGUGACGUCAUGGAGCAGCCGCCCAUCUUCAGGAAACCCCAGAAAAUACGUCAGCGCUACGAGGACUCGAGGCUGCGUGACGUCAGCAAUGACGUCAGCCAAAAGCAGCCCGGGGAGGGGGGUGACGGCAUCAAAGGGAGGAGGGUGCUGUUCUUUAGGAACGGUGACGCCCACUUUAAACCAAAGCAGGUGCUGAUCAACCAAAAGACCUACGCCAACCUGGAGAAGCUACUAGUCGACCUCAGCUCCAUGGUGGAGACAUCAACUGGCGUCAAGUACAUCUUCUCCUGGCCGGAGGGCCGCGAGAUCAAAUCCAUCACAGAGUUCGAGAACGGCAAAUACUACGUGUGCUCCAGUACCAGUAAACUUCAGAAAGUUGAUUACGGGAACAGCCGAGAAUCUCAUUGGAAGGGCGGGAAAAUUGACCGGAAGGAGAACUUCUUGUUCCAGCACGACGGGAAGGUCCAGUCCCCCCUGAGACGGCCGCGGGUGCUGACCAUCAUCAGCAACAUCUACCGCGACAGCCGCGAGAAGCUUAUCCUCAACACCAACUCACAGAUGAACUUCGAGGACAUCCUCAACGACAUCUCCAACCUCGUCAACAUCCCCAACCCACCCGUCAGGGCGCUCUACACGGAGAGGGCGCCACAUCAGAAGGUUGAGAGCUACAGUCAACUGAUCCGCGAGUUCGGCGACCACGACAACUUCCUGGCUUGCGGGGAGGAGUUGAUGCCCCUGGAGCUGGCGCCGAAAAAACAAAGCGUCAACGGGCAGGUGGAAGUUUCUAGAAAAGGUGGACGGAAAGAUGCUAAGUCCAUUGCUGACCGCCAGACUUUAGACUCCUCCCCCACACGCAACUCUGAGAUGACAGAAAGGGGCGGGGCCAAGAUGAACGGCAGGAUCAAGAACGGCAAACCUGACUCCAUCAAAUGUGACAUCAACGGCAAAACUCGAGAAUUUUUCCCGCCAUCAGUACCGGACGAAGAGGAUGAUGGGAGAAAACCUGAGAAAAAACUCAAACUCGAAUGGGUCUACGGGUUCAGGGGUCGGGACAUGAAGCAGAACUUGGCAGUGCUGCCGUCCACUGGUCAACUGGUCUACUCAGUGGCCGCUGUCGUCGUGUUGUACGACAAGAAGUUCGGGACUCAGAAACACUACAUGGGUCACUCAGAGGACAUCACGUGCUUGACCAUCCAUCCCAACGGUCGAUUUAUCGCCACGGGUCAAACGUCGGGAAAAACUCCAGAAACAGGGGCUCACAUCCGUGUGUGGGACGGUACAUCCCUGUCGACCUACGCAGUUAUCGGCCUUGGCACCUUCCAGCAGGGCAUCUCGUGCCUCAACUUCUCCGAGAGGGGCAUCCCGGGCACAGACUCUACGACUGGCGAACUUCUGAUGGCGAUCGACGACAGUGAGCGCCACCAGCUUUCAGUCUGGGAUUGGCAGACGGAGAAAAUGGUCGCCAGAACUACGACGACGAACGAGCCAGUGGUGGCCGGCUGCUUCUACCCGUCAGACGAGAGCAUCCUGGUGACGUACGGCAAGGAACACAUCCACUUCUGGAAGAUGUUCUGGGAUAAGGGCCGGAAGAUAAUGAGAGACAAGCUCAGCGGCAACUUCGAGGGUGAUGUGCCAAAGUUUGUGACGUCAAUUUGUUUUUCGCCUUCUGGUGACGUCAUAAGUGGUGACUCCUCCGGCUCCCUCCUCGUCUGGUCACGUGACAACAACAACGUCUUCUCCAUCAACGACAUCCUGUCUCGGCACAGCAAGAAGGCUCACAAG